AUGGCCCUGGGCCCCAUUCACCAACUGGCCCUUGCAAGCGUUGAAGGUGGCACGUGUGUCACAUCCGCACACCAUGCCCGCAUCAUCGGAGGCGAGGAAUGCCUUGAGACAGAACACCCCUGGCUGGGGCAACUCUAUGACCGCCUAGGGCCCUACUGCUCUGGGACAUUGCUCAACCGGAACUGGGUGAUCACUGCUGCUCACUGCAAAGUGGUGCCCAGUCAAAAAAGAUUCCAGGUGAGGCUUGGAGUGCACAAUACGGAAGUGCCGACAGGGCAUGAACAGACCAGGGUCAGUGAGAACGUCAAAUGUGUCAAAAUCGUAGAGGGGAGCUCGGAAUACACCUUCAACACCACUGACUGUUCAACGUAUUCUGAGGACAUCAUGCUGAUGCAACUGAACAGCCCUGUUGUCUGCACCGACUACGUGGCCCCCCUUGCCCUGCCUACCAGCUGUGCUUCUGUGGGGACAGUUUGCCGAGUGAUGGGAUGGGGCACCACGACCACGCCAGAAGAGACUUAUCCCAAAGUGCCUCAUUGUGUGGACGUCCAGAUAGUUUCCAAUGAAGACUGUCAGGCUCCUUACCCAUGGUGGGAAGUGUCCGAGAGGAUGGUUUGUGCGGGAGUUGAGGGAGGAGGCAAAGACUCCUGCCGGGGCGACUCUGGGGGCCCCCUGAUCUGUAAUGACACACUCCAGGGCAUUGUAUCACUGGGGGGCUUCCCUUGUGCCCAGCCAGGACAACCUGGCAUCUAUACUAACGUCUGCAAGUUUCUUGCCUGGAUCCAGGAGACUAUUGGCGAAGAUGAAGAUCCAUGCAAUCCUGAAGAGGGCACUCCAGGAAAAGCUAUUUGA